AUGAAGCAAAAGAUAGUUAUAAGGGUGAGUCUGGACUGUGACAAAUGCAGAACCAAGGCCCUCAAAAUUGCAGCAGAGGCAAAAGGUGUGAGUUCAGUGGCGUUAGAAGGAGAUUAUAAAGAUAAAGUGGCAGUGACUGGAAUUAUGGUGGAUUCAGUGCGCUUGGUUAAGACGUUGAGGAAGAAAUUUGGACGUGGCAAUGCCAACAUCGUGAGUGUGGAAGAACUCAAAGACAAGAAAAAAGAAGAAGAAAAGAUAGCACCAGUUAUAUGGUCUUCAUAUCCAUAUCCACCACCCUAUCCCCCAACCCUCGCACAUGAACAUGAAUAUGGUAACUUCUGCAUCCUCAUGUGA